AUCAUCUCGAUUGGUUGGAAAAAAUCGGACUCGACCUGAAGAGCCUGGCGCCUCAACUAUACCCCGAUCAGCUUCCCGGGGGUCACAUGCCUCCCUUCCUCACCCGACCGCCCACGUUUUGGAAUCCGUCCAAGAACGCCAUCAGCACCCAACUGACGGUUCAGCCUGCUUCUGUUGAAAUACAUUCAGGCUUCUUGGCCCACCUCAACACGAGAAAGAUACAAACCGCCCGACAGCUGUCUGUGUUCUCAAAGUCAGCCUUGAAGACUAACGUCAUCGAUCUGUCACCAAAGAAAGUCGGAUCAUCCUCAGAUCCUCCUUUUGGAAGGGGGAUUCUGGUGUCGCAGACAGAAUCUGGUCAAGCCAUCGUUUCAAGCGUUCCACCUGCCAACGCCAUCUAUAGGGAUGUUUAUACUUCCGUGUUCAACCGCUCGCAUUUAUUGCCAUUCACUUUUGUGGUUCAUGGGGCUCAACAGGAUGCCUUCCAUUUUGUUAAAGAUGAGACCUGGAAAGCUAACGAUGACAAAGGACAAUUGAAACGUCUCCAAGGCCAAGUAAACACUACCUUCCACGAAAUAGCCAGAGAAAACGGCAGUGGCAACAGCUACUUCGAUGUGAAAAUCCAUGCACUUAACGUAGUCAUCAACCUCCGAUACGGAACGUCUGUGGAGAAAGAAAAACAGAGGCUGCUCCACCACGCCAAACUAUCGGUUAUCCGAAAGGCUUGGCACAAGGAAAAGGAGUGCUACAAGAAUGGUUUCGCAGGCAGCGUAGAUUGGAGCACCAGCGAAUUGGAAGAACUCUCCAAGGUCGGUUACGUGAGUAACUACGAUGGAGAGUACAUCCACGAUGUGCAGCAGUAUCCUGAGCUAGCGGAGGAUCCCUACAACAUAAAAUUCGUUCGGAAGCAGGCAGAGUCGACGAAGAAGAGGAGGAGGAAAAGAGACGUCAAGAAAUCCUGCCAGGACCGCUGGUGGUUCGCUUUCACGGAGCUAUGCUAGUGAACGGUAUUAGGAAAGACUUGACACAACAGUGAAUCAUUUCAAUUAACUAAGUGUGAUGUACCUAAAGAGGGAAAAGCUUACAAAGUAAGUCUUUUUAUACCAAAAAACCAAAGUCUAUUUGUGUAAGAAUUUCAAAGAUGCCAAAAUGUAUAUUAUUUAUUUACAAUAUGUUACCUACAUGUAUGUGAUUCAAGGGUUUCGAAUGGAUUUUGCAGAAUCAACUGUUUUUAUAUUAUUUUACAUAUGACUGAUCAUUGAUUUGCAAAAUCCGUAUCGAACCGUCUUUGUACAUAUUUGCAUAAUUAUAUUAUAGAAGAACAA